UCCCCUGUCCCAUCAGCAUCCAGGAGCGAGCAGAGGGCGGCCGACGAAGCUGUCAGUCCCGCCCGGGGGUGCUCGGCUCAGCACACGUCCGCACCCGCGCCAUGGGUGGCUCCGUCUCCAGCCAGCUGGACGAGAACAAGUGCGCCUACAUUCGAGGGAAAACUGAGGCUGCUAUCAAAAACUUCAGUCCCUACUACAGUCGCCAGUACUCUGUGGCUUUCUGCAAUCAUGUACGAAGUGAAGUAGAACAGCAAAGAGAUUUACAAUCACAAUUUUUGAAGACCAAGCCACCAUUGGAGCCUGGAACUGUCUUGUAUGAAGCUGAGCUGUCACAAUUUGCUGAAGACAUAAAGAAAUGGAAGGACAGAUACAUUGUGGUUAAAAAUGAUUUUGCUGUGGAGAGCUAUGAGAACAAAGAGGCCUACCAGAGAGGAACUGCCCCUAAAAGCCGAAUCCUUCCAGCUGGUGGGAAGGUCUUGACCUCAGAAGAGGAAUACAAUUUAUUAUCUGAUCGGCAUUUCCCAGACCCUAUUGCAUCCAAUGAGAAGGAGAACGCUCAGCCCUUUGUGGUCCUACCGAAGGAAUUCCCAGUGUACCUGUGGCAGCCGUUCCUCAGACAUGCCUACUUCUGCUUCCAGGAGGCUGCCGACCAGAAGAAGUUUAGUGCACUCCUGAGUGACUGCAUCAGACAUCUAAAUCAAGAUUACAUGAAGGAGACUACUUUUGAAGCCCAAGCCUUUUUAGAAGCUGUGCAGUUCUUCCGACAGGAGAAGGGUCACUAUGGCUCGUGGGAAGUGAUCACUGGGAAUGAAGUCCAGAUCCUGAGUAACCUGGUGAUGGAGGAGCUCCUGCCAACCCUCCAGACGGACCUUCUGCCUAAAAUGAAGGGGAAAAAGAAUGACAGGAAGAGGGCCUGGUUCGGCCUCCUCGAGGAGGCCUACAACCUGGUUCAGCUUCAAGUUUCGGAAGGAUUAAGUGCCUUGAAGGAGGAAUGCAGAAGUCUGACGAAGGGCCUGGAAGGAACGAUCCGUUCAGACAUGGAUCAGAUUGUGAACUCAAAGAACUUCUUAAUUGGAAAGAUCAAAGCUAUGGUCACCCAGCCUGCAGAGAGAAGCUGUGCGGACAGUGUGCAGCCAUUCCUGGCAUCCAUUCUGGAGGAGCUCAUGGGACCUGUGAGCUCAGGAUUCAGUGAAGUUCGCUCACUCUUUGAAAAAGAAGUGGAUGAGCUCAGCCAGAGCUUUCAGACCACUAGAGACAGUGCCCAGUUAAAGGAGCAUCUAGACCAGCUUAUGAAUCUUCCGCUGGAUUCCGUGAAGAUGGAACCUUGUUAUAUUAAAGUCAACCUGCUUCAAGAACGCCUGCAGGAUCUCAGGAGCCGCUUCAGAUUCCCCCACGUGGACCAGGUGGUCCAGAGGACCCAGAACUGUAUGCAAGAGCUGAUGGAAAAUGCAGUAUUCACAUUUGAGCAAUUGCUUUCCCUACAUCUUGAAGGAGAGGCUUCGAAAACUGCAGUCUUCAUUGAGAAGGUUAAGCUUCGAGUCUUAAAGCAAUAUGACUAUGACAGCAGCACCAACCGGAAGAAGAUAUUUCAAGAGGCUCUGGUUCAGAUCACACUUCCCACGGUGCAGAAGGCACUGGCGUCCUCAUGCAAACCAGAACUUCAGAAAUACGAGCAGUUCAUCUUUGCAGAUCAUACCAAUCUGAUCCAAGUUGAAAAUGUCUAUGAGGAAAUUUUACAUCAGAUUCUCCUUGAUGAAACUCUGAAAGUGAUCAAGGAAGCUGCUGUCCUGAAGAAACACAACUUAUUUGAAGACAACAUAACUUUGCCCAGUGAAAGUGUGUCCAGCUUAACUGAUCUAAAAACCCCCGCAGGGUCAAACCAGGCCAGCCCUGCCAGGAGAGCCUCUACUGUCCUGCCAGGAGUUCCUGACAGUGAGCCCCUCGGUAACGAAGUGUUCCAGGAGCCAGAGGAAAAGCAGCAGCCUGGGGCCCCUAGUCCAUUGGCUGAAGGGGAAAGCACAUCUCUCCCUGUGUCCAGCCUUCCCUCAGCUGGAGAUGGGCAGGUGGUGGUUUCAGUUAUCGAUGACUCUGUGAAUCUAGUGGCUACAGAGGACAAGACAGGAACCUUGGGCAGUAAUUCAGCAGAGCUGGAGUUUGGAGGGAUUCCUGAGGAAGAAGACCCCACUCAUGAAGAGCCAGAAUCCGUCUCUGCCUCAGGCUCAUUGAAAGAGCUCAGAAAAUUGUUGACAGUCACAGUUGAAGUACCAGAGGAGUCUGCCAUUGCGACUGAAAAAGAUACAAAUGAGGAGACCCUUUUGCCCCAAGAAGAUGAAAAAGAAGAGGGAAAAACCCAAAUCUAUACAGAAGCCCCUGAGGCAGCUGCCUCCGAUCGGGAAGAGGGUGAAGUCAGCGAGAGGGAGGCCCAUCCUCCCUCCACAGAGCCUGGUGGGAUGGAAGUGGGGAGCUUGCCAGAGGCAAGCAGCCCUGCCCCUCAGCCAGCCUGUGGAGGGCUCACCGAGGCGGCCAGCUGCCUGGGCCCCACAGGUGAGAAAGAGGAAGCUGGGGAGCUCCCUGAGGGGGAGCUCACAGGGAGGGCUUCCAGACUAUUCCCCGAAGGAGGAGGGGCCCAGUGUACCCUGGAGGGUGAGGCCAGUGCACAAGAGCUCAUUUUAAGUUCUGACCAUGUCCACCCUAGUGAGAGCCAGGUUUCUGAAGAAACGGUGGAAGGGAAAAUCAGCACGGUCCAGGGUGAGGCCAGCGUGGCUACAGAAGUGAUUAAGGCUGCCGGUGUUCAUGCGUGUCAGUGGGUGGUUGAAAAUGCUCCAGAAACCAGUAGCCUGGGUACACACGAAAAUGAUGUGAAGGAGGGAGAAGGCUGUCAGGAGAGCUCCCCGGGGCAGCCCUCGGACGAGGAGUGAGGUGGACUAUUUGGCAAAAGUCUUGCUUUGAACAAGGUCAGUCAAAAGGCUAUAGGGGGUGCACUUAGGGAUUACGUGCACGUUGUUACAAGAAGCAUUUUAUUAAGUAUUUCCUUCAUUUGUUUAGCGAAACCAAAGGAAAAACACACAGGGCGUGAGCACGGUAGCAAACCUUUGUGGGACUGAACUGUUCUACCAUGAGUUAUUGCUUUCACGUUUUAAUAGGAAUUACAAAGGAGUGUUUGGGGUUAGAGGCCAGCUGAGGGUGUCAGAGGGAGGGAAUGGUGUUGAGAAGAUGGAGAAACGGUAGGAGCAUGGUUUUCAGUACACCCUGCACAUGUCGGUGAUAGUCUUCUAAUGCACUUUGAGGCUUUCUAAUUUUUUUGCAAGAAUGCAAAUGUAUACUGUAAACCCAGCUUCACUGUCUACUAUGCUGCUUUCACAGUCUCUUAAGGUCUCAGCCAUUUAUCCACGGUUAGGCUACAAGACAGGAUAGGUCAGGCACGGACAACGCUUACGCCUGUUGUGUGUGGCGCCACAGAGCCAGUCAGGCCAGUAAAUCUCAGAAGAAGCUGAGCUGAAACAAAGGAAGCUUAUGGUCUGUGGAACUGUCUGGGCCUGUUAUGAUUCUGCUAUCAAUUUAAGAAUUAAUUGUGUUAAUUAAUUUUAUCCGUCUUUAUUACUGAAUCACCUUUUGGGGACAUUCAGAUGAGGCAAGAAAAUUUCUUUGGCAUGUUUAAGCCUGAAAGCAUUCCAAAUCAGUCUUAGAUUGUGUAGAGAAAAAGCUUAACUAGAUGGUUGACCUUAAAGCCUACUAAUUAAAGAAACAUUAUUUGAAUAGCUACUAUAUGCCACAUACUGUGUUAGGUAUAGUUAUUAAACGAAAACAGAUACAGUGGAUUGUCUAGUAUACAUUAAAAGACCCAAGGGAAUUUAAUCUAGAAGAAAAUAAAAUGCCAGUUUUCAAACCAUGACACAGCUUUCUGUCUUUUCAUUGAAAUAAUCCUGGCUUAUUGCCAGAAAGUAACAUGAAUUAAGAAAAAAAAACAAGUCAAAGUAUAUUCCAUCAAGUUCCAAAGAUGUUAGCAAAAGUGCAAAUCAUUUGUUCAAUCACUGAGGGAGUUAAUUGAGUCCCUGUUUUGUACCAGGCACUGGGGGUACAAUGGUGAAAAGACUGUUCCUUGCUCCUGGAAUUUACACUUCAGUGAAAAUAGACACAAUCAGGCUUCUAAAUGGAUCCUGACCUGUAACCAUUAAUGCUAAAAGUGCAACAGUCUUACCUGCAAAAGAUUGAAACAAUUUGUUCUAUUGUCCCUUGGGAAAAAAACAAAAAAAAACAAAAAACUGGACAAGUUUAUUUUCUAAAAGCUUCCGUCCCAAGUACUGCAUUUUGAAGUUUGCUUCCACAAGUUUUAAUAUUAGAUCCCAACAUUGUCCAAAGAGCUUGUCUUGAUCAUCACCAGCAAUUAAGUUUAUAUCACUUCUUUAGAGAAUUUGUCCCUUGGUUCAGGCCUUUGAUGAGUAAUGAAAAGAUCUCCCCCUCCACACUGCCCAUGAAGAAUUUUUUCAGGGAGGAAAAAUAAUUAGUAUCAGUAUACUCUCCUACUGAGUUGUCUCAACUGUUCUUAACUGUAGUGUUUAGAUUGUAAAGUCUACGAAGGAUCUUCUCAUGCAGACAGAAGGCAGAGGGCCCUGCAGUACCCAGUGCUUCCUCAUAUCCUUGCACUUACACGGAGAAUUGAAAUUUUCUUUACUUCCUGUUUCUCCCAGGAGCUCCUCUCUUCAAGGACAGAAACUAGGUUUUAGUCAUAUGUAUUUCCCGCUAGAAACCUACAACCUGGAAUAAUGCCUUCCUUGAGUCACUUUAAUGUCCUCAGUGCCUAGCACAGAAUUGGCCAAUGUCAGGCUGCUCAGGAAAUAGGGAAAUGAAUGCAGCUGUGCUGGGGCUAUUUAGGGCUUGGGGUCAGGCAGUGGCACAGUUUUAACUGGGCUUUUGGCCCUUGGUGAGACUUCCCUUAAACAAAGCCCAAGGGAAAGAUGGCCAGGUGAGCAGAUACACUGCCCAGUACAGCAAAGAGCCAAAGGAACAGUGCCCAGCCUGCCAAGGCCUACCUCCUCUCUGGUGGGAUCUCAGCUAACGGGGAGGUCCCAGCCCACGCUGCCCCUACUCUGGAGCUUCCCAGCUUCCUCCCUUUGCUCACCUUAGGGCUUCUCGCACACCUAGGAAAGCUAAGAGAUUUUUCCAUCCCUGAAGAGAGUGUGGAGCCCUGGUGGUGCAGUGGUUACGCAUUAAGACCUCAGCUGCUAACCAAAGGUCGGUGGUUCAAACUCACCAGCUGGUUCAUGGGAGAAAGAUGUAAUAGUCUGCGUCCGUAAAGAUGACAGCCUUAGAAACCCUGUGGGGCAGUUCUACUCUGUCGUAUAGGGUCGCAAUGAGUUGGGAUCCACAGCAGUGUAGUGGGGCUUAAGGUGUGCUUCACUGUAUCGCGUGGCUGAGCCUUAGUGCCCUUCUUUAUUCAUCAUGUAGGCCAGAGGGAGGCUGGGCAUUAAGUGGGAGGAAGUACUUAAGAACACAGUUGACAGAUUUUUAUCUGUGUGUUUUACAAAAGACAAAUUCACUAGAAUAAGCAAGAUGAUGAUUCCAUUUAAAGACUGACUAGAAAGUGAAAAUACAUUUAAAAUAUUAUUUUUGCUUUUCAUAUUGUAUGGACAAACUUUAUAUUACCAGGAGCUUGCUUUGCUUUUGAUGUGGACUCAUAUUUGUUGUUUCAGAGGUUUCUAGGAUGGGGCAGGUUUAUUGAGAGGGCUUUCUGUCUCCUAUGGGCAAAUUCAUUAGAGAUGUAUAAAACCCCAAGAUAGAGUUUUUGGCAAAAACUCUAACUGUAAACUAGUUACAUUACUGUUGACCUUUCACAAAGGAAGAGUACUUUUCCUGAAAAAAAUCAGUGUGUGAUCUCCUUUGAAGCUUGAGUGGAGACAGUACUGCCUUGCAUUAUGCACAGUAAACUCUUAGAAGAAAGUACACCGGAGCCCACAAGGCUAAGAUUCCCAUGUGGCCAGAUGCUUUAGGAAGAGGCUGAAUGUGAACAACUGCAGGUCUUUAAGCCUGACCUUCUUAUAUUUUAUGACAAAGAUCCUCGACUCCGGUUUUAUAUGCCUUUGGAUUGGAGUUAGUGAUAUCAAAGCGCUUCACAGUUCUCUCAGACAAAAGGGACUGUAAUUCAUUUUAAGAAGUGCCAAAUGAUACAUGCUACAUAGCAAUUUUAAUAUGGGGGAGGGAAGAACAUCCCCGAGCUAAGCAAUAAGAUAGUUUCUCAGUAGGUAAAAAAGUUGGCGAUGUGUGUCUUCUUACUUUACUGAAAACAAAAAUGUUUGGGGACCUGCCUUCUGAAGUCUGCAACUUGGGGAGGGGGGGAGGCUACACAGCCUGUAGAUUGGUUUUUUUUUUUUCCCCUGGUCAUGAUAUAAAGCAAAUAAACUUAAAACACUUUGUAACCACAUAUUUACUCUGUCAAGUGCCUAUAUUCCAAUAAAAUGUUCCUUCUUGA